AUGGGAAUUUGUUCUAGCUAAAGUCAAAAAAAUCAUGAGAAACCAACUGAAAAUAAGAAAUUUGAUUCAACAAAAGAAGAAUAAUAAAAACCGGAAACUUUGACAUAGAAUAAUUAAUAGAAACAAGAUAGUAAUUGAAUUGUUAUAUUGUCAAGUUUAAGGUGACACCGGAGGUCUUGUUAUCACAAGUGCCAAGAUGGGAAGAAUUACAAGAGAUUAUACACUUCUUAAUCCUCCACUUGGAAGCGGUAUAUACUAUAAUUAAAGUAUAAUAGGAGCAUAUGGGGAAGUAAGAAAAGGAAUACAUAAAUAAACAGGUAUAAUAAGGGCAGUAAAAAUAAUACACAAGUCACAGACAACAAAGGAAGAGUAAGAGAGAUUGAUGAAUGAAGUUUAAAUUCUAUAAAAGCUAGUAAAAUUAUUAAAAGAGUUCUUAGGAUCAUCCAAAUAUUAUAAAAAUCUAUGAAUUUUAUUAAGAUGAUAGAUUUUUUUAUAUUGUUACAGAAUUGUGUACUGGAGGAGAAUUAUUUGAGAAAAUUAGAUAUGAAGGUAGUUUUUCAGAGAAGAAAGCAGCAGAAAUUUUGAAAUAAAUCCUAUCUGCUGUAAAUUAUUGUCAUUAAGAGAAAAUAGUACAUAGGUAAUUUUUAUAAUUUAUUGAAUCAGAGAUUUAAAACCAGAAAAUUUACUAUAUGAAUCUGAGAAAGACAAUUCAUUAUUAAAAAUUAUUGAUUUUGGUACUUCUAGAGAAUUUGAUGUUAAUUAAAAAUUGAAUUAAAAAUUAGGUACACCUUACUAUAUUGCUCCUGAAGUAUUAAAUAGAAAAUAUGAUGAAAAAUGUGAUAUUUGGUCAUGUGGUGUAAUAUUGUAUAUAUUAUUAUGUGGGUAUAUUGUACAAAGUAGAUUAGGUUUCCACCUUUUGAUGGUAAAACUGAAGAAAAGAUUAUGGAAAAAGUAAAGAAAGGCACUUAUUCAUUUGAAUCAAUAGAAUGGGAAGAUGUUAGUAAGGAAGCAAAAGAAUUUAUAAAGAAAUUAUUGUAAUAUGAUCCAACAAAGAGAUAUAGUGCUCAAUAAGCAUUAUAAGAUCCUUGGAUUAAGAAAUUCACAAAUGCUGCUGAGGUUGAAUAACCAUUAAUGAAGAAAGUAUUGACAAAUAUGAAAAAUUUUAGGGUAUUUAUAAUUGUAUUAAUAUAGUAACACUAAAAAUUGUAAGAAGCAUGUUUUAAAUAUAUUGUUAAUCAAUUGGCAACUAAAGAAGAGAAAUAAGAAUUAUUAAGAACAUUUCAAUCUUUGGAUACAAAUAAUGAUGGUAAAUUAAGUAAAUAAGAAUUAUUGAUUGGUUAUUAAAAGAUAAUGAAUGCUGAUUAAGCUAUAGAAGAAGUUGAAAAAGUAUUUGCAUAAGUAGAUAAAAAUAAUUCAGGAAUGAUAGAUUAUACUGGUAUAUAUAAUUAUUAUAUAUAAUUAAUUAUUAGAAUUUGUAAUGGCUACAAUAGAUAGAUAAUAAUUAUUAUCAAAAUAAAGAUUAUAAUUAACAUUUAGAAUGUUUGAUGCUGUAAUAUAUAAUAUAUAAAUAUAAUAGGAUAAAAGUGGUUCAAUAAGUUUAGAUGAACUUAAAUAAAUAUUUGGUGGAAUAUCAGAAGAAAUGUGGAAAUAAGUUGUUUAAGAAGUAGAUUAAAAUUAAGAUGGUUAAAUUUCAUUAGAAGAAUUUUGUGCUAUGAUGAAAAAGAUUGAAUGA